AUGGACCCGAUCAAGGCGCUAGACAUGGAGCACCGCUCUGGCAUCUCACCGCAGGAGGUGGAGGACUUUGCAAACCGCAUGGAUCUGAUCUCAAAGGCCAUGAAGGACAUCAAGGAGGGCACGUUUGACCCGCUCAAGUGCAACAUUCCAGGAUACAAGACACCGGAACAGGAGGAAUUGGAACGCAAGGAACGAAGCAAAAGAGAAGAGGAGCGCUGCAAGCGAGAGGAGGAGCGUGAGCAAAAGGAGAAGCAGGAAGAACAUGAUACUUGGUGGAAUAGAGCCGAAUUACUCUACUCGAUGCGAGACGCCGAGGAGAACGAGGGCAAGGAGAACAAAGUGAGCAAGAGCUCACAAUGGGCUAAUCGGAUUCUUGCAGCCUACAAAAAUCGUGACGCCAACGACUACUCGUUGUGGAAUCAAUGGGUGCCUGAAGACUCUGUCUCUCUGCAGGAGAAAGCUGAGCGGAAUGCUGAGCUUGAGAAGCUGCGCAACCGCGAGUUUGAGGACAUCAAUCCUGAGUUUUGCAACCAGUUCAAGAAGGACAUGGAGGAGCGGCAACGAUCUCAGGAGGAAAAAGCCCGCACGGCAGAGCGUUUGAGGCAAAAAGGCAAUCACUUUUACAAGAAGAAACAGUAUCCAGAUGCCAUCAAAACUUACAUGGAGGCGCUGAAAGCCUCCCCUUUCAACGUGGCGGUGCUGGCCAACAUUGCGCAGUGUUAUUUGCGACUUGAUCAACUAGACGACUGCGUUGAGGUUUGCACUCGUACGUUGUACGUUGACGAGGGCUAUGUGAAAGCUCUCUCUCGUCGCGCUACAGCAUGGCACCGUCAGAAGAGACUCAAGGAAGCUGCAGAUGACAUGCGAAAGGCCUUUGCGCUAGACGGAGAGAACGUGGACAUAGCAGAGCAACACUCUAUUAUCGUUGGCGACUAUGAAGAUUCCAUCACCAACUGCGAGCUGGAUACAGCGCUAAGCAAGCGUGGCAAAGUGGAAGUUUCGCUGGGUCCGUCAUCCAUUGAAGAGCUGCGAUUCUCUCUUGAAGUACUCAAGAAGAUGGACGACUACACUACUGCAACAGUGUUGGACGCCUGGGUAGCCUAUGAUCUUGUACUGCCUUUCAUAGAGAGAAACGAGCAUGUUCGAGCAAAGUUUAGGACUUCUGGCGAGAUGGAUAAGCUCUACGACAAAUCUUGUCUACAAACUCACGACGUCAUUUUAAGCGUCAUGAUCAACUGUGCGGCAGCUUCAGUGGCCGACACUCCGCGUAAUCAAGUCGUAAUGUUCCGUAACGUAGCGUUUCGAACAGAAACCCUGGCUUUUGUUGGAAAUCUGGGGAAGAGAGCAACCUCGACUUCACAAUGGAUCGUCCAGGCAAGCGUCGUUCACUUUCUGGAGCAAGUUGUGGACUCCAAGAGCUGGCGAAACGCGCUACUUUCAUCGGUUAAGGUGAUUUCUUCACUGCUGACAGCUCUGUAUCUUCCCACGAAAGCUAGCAAUUUGUCGACCGACGAAAGGAACUCAAAACUCGCAAUAGCGCUGGCUGCAUCAAGCAUCUGCUUUGCUUUAAGCAGCGAUAACUCUGGCAUCCAAGCAAGUAGCAGUCGUGGUCUGGACUGUCUGUCAGCCAUCGUUCAGGCGCUAGACACCAAAUGCAGUGCCCAGUCGGUCGAGUUACUGCGCAAUGUACUGGGUUUCAUGACCAAUUUGUCUACGGAUAAACGGAUCCGCAAGACUGUCGAGAGCGACAGCUGUAAGGAAAUUCGUCGAAACCUUGUGAAGGUAUUACUGCGAAUCGCACAAGACGGAAACCUGUCAGGACCAACGGACUACACAUGCUCUGAGCGAGCACUUGGGGCGUUGCUGAACCUCUCGUUUGCUGAAGAUUCGAAAGUGAGGAAUCACGAUCUCCUGGAGUUUGGGAUCGUGGACACGGUGGAAAAAAUCCUCACACGAGCGAGUGCGUCGAGUUGCUGCGAGUCAAUCCUCGUCUUGUCCCGCACCGCGAGCCUUCUCUGUCGCCUCCACUCUGUUUGUCGAGGUGCGAGCACUGUCAAAGGAGACAUUUUAGACCGUCUAACAAGCAAUGUCCUGCUGUCGAAACUCUUUACGGUGUGUGAAUACGCCAACUCGAGCUUCAGUGACAAAAUGGCUACACUUCCGACCGAGCUCUGGCAACUUUGUGCACAAAUCUGGUGCCACUUUGGCUGGUGCGCGCACCUCACAAGUGUUUGUGCUUUCUUACGUGAGAGAAAUGCUGUGUGUCUGCUGAUUCAAGUGAUCAAACUUGCAAAUUCUCAAAAAUCCUACAAUCGGCCAACUGGAGAGACAGCUGCAAGCGAACGACUCGUUGGGAAUAUUGUGAAGGUUUUGAUCGCUAUGCAGUCUGACGACACCUCAGAGGACUCUCUGGCCUUCAAAAGCAAAGGGAAUCUCGCUGUUCUCGUGAAAUCUCUACAAGAACUAUCCGAUGGGCCGGCUCGCAAGAAUGUAGCCAUUUUGCUAGCCAAGCUGUGUCAGAGAGAUUCACAGAUCAAAGAUGCAGUCCGCGAUCUGCGUGGAAUUGAGAUGAUGUUGUCGAUCAGCCAGUCACUCAAGCAGCGUCCUACAGUCUUGUCCCGCUAG